GCGAAACCGAAUCAGGAGUUGAGAAGGAAACCAGUAGCACUCGUUUGACACAAUACCAGCGAUUUUUUCCCGGAGUGUACAGCAUCUGGGAGCCUCCUACAAGUUUGACUUUACAAGAGUUUAUUUGCCAUUGUUGGAUUUCAUGUCGUUCUGAAAGCAAGUCUUCGUACAGCCAGAUUCGACAUGAUGACAAGUGCUUGUGGAUAUGCUGUGGUUGUUCUUGUUCUAACGAUCUUCAGUCAUGUCAGUUGUGAAACAGAAGGAUUUGAUGUGUCAAUCAAGAGAGGCAAGUAUCUUCCAGUGAUUGGCGAGGAUUUUACAUUGGUCUGCACGUACACACUACAGGCCAAAAAUAGGGAGAUCACGUGGCAGAAGGAUGGUGAAUCACUCGCAACAUGUGAUUGUAUGGAAGAUUGGACCUGUAGGUUUACUGUUCAAGACCAAUGGAAAUUCAGCUUGUUGGCAGACGACUCCAGUGCUAAUCUUACGAUAAAACAGCUGGUUGGUGACGACGGCGGUCAUUACAGAUGUGCUGUCCGCCAAACUGCCUUUCCCGACAUUACAGUAUCAAGGGGAAUGCACGUAACACCAUUAUUAUCAGCUUCGCCUACAGUAAUCAUAGUUACCGAUAGAUCAAUCCGUCUUUGCUCCGAUAACACCCCUAGAACGGUAAUUGCAGGAGAGCCAAAUGUUUUAACAUGUACAGCAUCGCAAGCAAGGCCUGCUGCAGUCCUUAACUGGGUUGUACCAGAUGAUCUUAUUUCCAACCAACAAGAUCAGACUAACGUGGUUAAAGGCAACAUCUACACGUCUCGGAAGGUUGUUACCAUCACGCCCUCUGCGAAUAAUCAAGGAAAGGAUAUCAGCUGUUUUGCGUCACAUCAAACACUCCAGAGUGAUCGUCAGUGUAUUGUUUACCUCAAUGUUAACGUUCUUCCAUCAAGCACGACAAUCUUUCAAUCUGGAAAUGACAAAUACCACCAGACAUCAUCUACAGUUAUUUACGUACAAGAAGGUUCUACAGCUUUGAUCACCUGUCAAAGUAUUGGAUCACGACCGGCAGUUGAACUGACAUGGAUAAUUGACGACCUUGGUAUUCCUCCUGGAAGUAUUAGUCUGUCGAAGACUCAAAAUCCUGUAGACGACAGUCUGUUUGAUACCUUUAGUACUUACAAGUUGCAUCUGUAUAGGAAGUAUCAAGGGUUGAUUCUCUGGUGCUAUGUAUAUCUGGGUGAAUAUGUUAUCGAACGACACUAUGUUACAAUAUCAACGUAUGCACCACCGGAUGAGGUCGUUAUGUCUUUCCCUGCUGAAUUAAAAGAAGGGAUAAAAGUCACCGUGAUCUGCAAGGCUGCUAAUGGGUAUCCAGCUCCUCGCAUUAACUGGUACAUAGGAUCAAGAAAUAUGACAGGUCAUUCAUCCCUGAAUAUUAGUGAAAAUGAUGCAGGUCGACAUGAUGCUGAAAGUACUUUGACUUUCAUACCAAAGAGGUUAGACCAUGGGAAACAUCUUCUGUGCCUGGCAGUUCUACCUACAUUAUCCACCACAUGGUCUGCGAAUGAUAGCAUGGUUCUAAACAUAACAGUUAGACCCGAUCCACCUUCUUGGUUCAUCGUCAAUCAACACCAGAUGACAUCUACGUCUAUCUUCGUUGCUUGAAAACCUAAAUGCACCAGAGCUGGACAUGCAGAAAUAAUGUCGGAUUAUUGGAUUGGUUACUAUCACUCUGAUCUCAAAUGGCGUACCAUAUUUGGUGCCUGUUUGCUCUUCUUGUUUUUGGCAAAGGCUCCCCCUCUACCAUGUCUACAACCACAAUAUCUUUUCAACCAAGGCAGUUCAUACCCGUCAAAGGAGAAGAUUUUACGAUGAAGUGCACCUAUUUCCCUCCUUCGAUUGUUCGCACUGUCAAGUGGAAACACGAAGAAACACGAAUUGCGUCUGAGUGGUGCACAACUGCAAGUGAAUGUACACCUAAUAUUUCUAAUCCUUUAAAGUACAAGUUAUUGGGAGAUGACUGCAGCACAUCCCUUACAAUAAUUAAUUUGAACGCUGGUGACAAUGGGAGAUACACAUGCAAUGUACAUAACCUACAUGGAGAACGUUCAGCGACUGAAAUACUGGAAGUACUAAGUCAAGUUCCACCGUCGCGAGUAUUCGUGACUGAUGUCCAAUCGGGCCGGCAAUACUUGAACAACACCAAUAUAAGUAUAAGUGCUCGGGAGUCGUAUAGCAUCACCUGUGGAGCAAAUAGGGCAAGGCCUCCUGCUGUUCUGCAAUGGUUAAUACCAGAGGACGUGACCGUUGUUCAUCACGAUCAGUCUGAUGAAAUUCAAGAUAACUUUUACAUCUCGCGGAAAUCUUUGACAAUCACACCCACCAGAGAUGACCACGGAAAGAUUCUCAGCUGCAUCGCAUCACACCCGGAAAAACAAACGAGUAUUAGAUCGUCAGUUUUUCUGAAUUUUCAUGUUAUACCAGCCAGUGUGCUCCUCUUUCUAACUGGAGGUAACCAGUCUCAAUCAACAGUCGUAUACGUUCAAGAAGGUUCACCGACUUCAAUCACUUGUAAAAGCAUCGGGUCAUUCCCAGCAACUGAGCUAUCAUUUUGGUUAGUUGGUGACUUUGACAGGACUUCUAUCCGUGCAAGUGUCUCAAGCAAUAGGAGUGUUUUAGACGACACGUUGUUUGACACUGAAAGUACCAUAACCAUAAGACCGGAUGCUAUUAACCAUGGAAUGCGCAUUGUAUGUUCCUCGUACAUGAAAGACCAUUUCUUUGUUACAUUCCUAACAGUUAGACUAAUUGUUUACGGUGAGUUAUUUCCCUCAGUGAUUUAGAACCGGGAGUCAAUAUAGUGAACGGUAGAACUGAUAAAAGAAUAAUUUUCGAAAUCUGAAAAAGAAAUGCAAGGUAGUUACUCCAAUACCUUUCAAGAAACAAAUUCAUCAUUGUUGAUAUUGAUGAUCAAUCGUCAUUCUGUUCGAUUCCCCAAUUUACUGUCCGUGAUCUGUUC